UGAUGGGUGGCGCCAUAUAGAAAUAGGGAGCACAGUUUGACAUAACCAUUAUUCUAACUGAUUUUCCCACCAAAACCCUCUCUACUUCUUCAGCUUAACCGCAAACCACAGCCAUCAUUCUCUCUUUUCUCCAUCUCUCAAAGAAAUCUCGCCCAAAACCAAGAAAAUCCAAGCUUGCCUGCAGCAAUGCCGGAAAGAUUCUUCACACUUCCGGCGCGAUUUCUUAUUCUCUUCGCAAUCGCCGCUCUGAUCUCUCUACCCCUAUCACAUUCUCAACAAAGUCCGGCGUAUCUGGGGCUGGUGUCGAACGCCACUGAAUUUCCGGCGGAAGAUUACUAUGACUACAUAAUUGUAGGCGGCGGCACAGCCGGCUGCCCACUGGCGGCGACGCUGUCGGAAGGGUUUAGGGUUCUUGUUCUGGAGAGGGGGGGAGUUCCAUUUGGGUUCCGAAAUCUGAUGAGUCGCGACGGUUUCCUCACAACAUUAAUGGAAGUUGAUGCCCACGACUCCCCUGCUCAAUCCUUCACAUCCGAAGAUGGAGUUCCCAACGCCAGAGGCAGAGUUCUUGGCGGAAGUAGUGCGAUUAACGCCGGUUUCUACAGCAGAGCCGAUCCAGAUUUUUACAACAAAUCGGGGAUCGAUUGGGAUCUUAGAAUGGUGAAUCAAUCGUACGAAUGGGUUGAAAAGGCGAUCGUGUUUAGGCCGGAGUUAAGGAUUUGGCAGUCUGCCGUUCGUGAUGCGUUGUUGGAGGCCGGGAUCGAUCCCUACCACGGCUUCAGUUUGGAUCACAUCGUCGGCACCAAGAUCGGCGGCUCCACCUUCGACAGCUCCGGCACUAGGCACAGUGCGGCGGACCUUCUCAGCUACGCCAAUCCCCGCAACCUUAAGGUGGCGGUGCAUGCUAGCGUCGAGAGAAUUCUGCUGGCACCUACUGCCGCGAAGCAGAGUGCGAUUGGUGUGAUUUUCCGCGAUCGAAAUGGGGGUUUUCACCACGCAAUGGUGCGUGACAAUGGUGAAGUGUUGGUGUGCGCAGGGGCCCUGGGCAGCCCUCAGCUGUUGCUGCUGAGCGGCAUUGGGCCGCGGCCUUAUCUUGCAUCGUGGGGGAUUCCGGUGGCGCUGCACUCGCCCUACGUGGGGCGCUUCUUGUAUGAUAACCCAAGAAAUGGGAUCUCGAUUGUGCCACCGGUGCCCUUGGACCAUUCUCUGAUUCAAGUUGUUGGCAUCACCAAUUCUGGUGCUUAUCUUGAAGCAGCAUCCAACAUUGUGCCCUUCCUUUCCCCUGCAAGACCCAUCUUCAUUAGGCCUGCUAGCUCAUCUUAUGUCACGGUUGCCACUCUAAUGGAGAAGAUAGUCGGCCCCCUCUCCGCAGGGUCUCUGAGAUUGGCAUCCACAGAUGUUAGGACCAACCCCCUUGUUCGUUUCAACUACUUCAGCAACCCCACUGAUCUUGAGCUGUGCAUAAAUGGCACAAGAAGGAUUGCUGAUGUGCUCAACACACGUUCCAUGGAUGAAUUCAAGGCGCAUCAGUGGUUCGGAGGAAGAGAGUUUAGGUAUGUGGGAACACCACUGCCGCGUGAUCAGCUCAACGACGAGGACAUGGGGGAGUUCUGCAGGCGGACUGUGAGCACAAUAUGGCACUACCAUGGUGGCUGCCUCAUGGGGAAGGUGGUGGACAGAAACCUCAGAGUGGUUGGCGUUCGAGGGCUUAGAGUUGUCGAUGGCUCCACCUUUAAGUUGUCGCCUGGCACCAACCCUCAGGCUACUCUUCUCAUGAUGGGAAGGCAUUUUGGCUUGAAGCUGCUUAGAGAGAGAACAUGAAGGAAGCUGGUUAGAUAGAGUGGCUGCAAAUGCAGUCUUAAAAGAAGAGUCUUUGUUUUGUUAUGUUAUGCAGUUUGAGCAUAACAGCUUUUAUGUGCAGUAGUAGCAUCAUAUGUAGGAGUAGGAUGAGCGGCACAGAUAGUUUUUGUUGUGCUUCAUUGAUUCAAGAUCAAACUGAUAAUGGGAAAUUGAAUGAGUUCAAUCACUUAUCUGCUUUUGUGAUAUUGAUGAUGA